GAUCAACCUCGCAAAUCCGUCUCCUUCACAGACGAACAGACCGUAGUCGACGCAGACGGUUCCGUCACCAUGGUGAACGCCCCCGAGGAGACCAAGGAGACGGCUCAGUCCCAUACGCCUCGUACGCCGCCACUCUCUGCCGCCCUAGAGGCCUUUACUGAUGCCAGCCAAGCCCCCGCCGCCAAUGAUGAUGAUGCCGCCGCCGCUCCCGCCGCCGACGACGGCGGUCUCGACCCCACGCUCCUGAAGAAGAAGAAGAAGAAGGUCAAGAAGGCCGAGGACGGUGAAGAGGACGGUACCGGCGCUGCUGGCGAAGACGGCGGUCUGGACUUGACGAUGAAGAAGAAGAAGAAGAAGAAGGCGCCCAAGGAUAUCGGCGCCGGCGCCGACGACGACGACGACGAGUUCACCGCCAAGCUCAAGGCCCUCGAGCUCAGCAAGGAGGGCGGCGACGCAGCCGAAGGCGAGGACCAGCCCGCCGACGAGCAGGUCGACGAGGGCGACAUGGACCUCGGCACCGGCAUCUGGGCCCACGACGAGACCAAGCAGCUCGGCUACAACAUGCUCCUCCACCGCUUCUUCGCCCAGCUCUCCCAGAAGAACCCCGACCACGCCCUCAGCGGGACGAAGAGCUACAAGAUCCCCCCGCCCCAGUGCAUGCGCGAGGGUAACCGCAAGACCGUCUUCGCCAACAUUGCCGACAUCUGCAAGCGCAUGAAGCGUACCGAGGAGCACGUCACCGCCUACCUCUUUGCCGAGCUGGGUACAAACGGUUCCGUCGACGGAAGCAGGCGUCUCGUCAUCAAGGGUCGCUUCCAGCAGAAGCAGAUUGAGAAUGUCGUCAGGAAAUACAUCAUCGAAUAUGUUACUUGCAAGACGUGCAAAUCCCCCGACACGGAACUCAACAAGGGUGAGAACCGUCUAUACUUCAUCACCUGCAACAACUGCGGAUCGCGUCGCAGUGUCGCCGCCAUCAAGACCGGUUUCUCUGCCCAGGUUGGCAAGCGUCGCAAGAUGAAGGUUUAG